UAGAAACAAUGUUAGCGCAGGCGGAUGUUACGUUAACUAGAUGUGACCGCGCUCGGAAGUGACGAUUUACGUGGAAGGGGAUUUGGCUGAGUGUCCAAAGCAGUCUGGUGCAUGUUACUACUUUGUCAAUGAAAAAAUGUCUAUCGAGAUUGAAUCGUCUGAUGUCAUCCGACUUAUCAUGCAGUACCUGAAAGAAAAUAGUUUGCACCGUACUUUAGCAACACUGCAAGAAGAGACAACUGUGUCCUUAAACACUGUGGAUAGUAUUGAGAGCUUUGUGGCUGACAUCAAUAGUGGCCAUUGGGAUACUGUGCUUCAAGCUAUUCAGUCACUGAAGCUGCCAGACAAGACACUUAUUGACCUCUACGAACAGGUUGUAUUAGAACUAAUUGAACUUCGUGAGCUGGGAGCUGCCAGAUCCCUCCUGAGGCAAACAGACCCAAUGAUAAUGUUAAAACAGAAUCAACAAGAAAGAUAUAUUCAUCUUGAGAACUUACUGGCCAGAUCAUAUUUUGAUCCACGAGAGGCAUACCCAGAUGGCAGCAGCAAAGAAAAAAGGCGAGCAGCAAUAGCUCAGGCAUUGGCUGGGGAAGUGAGUGUUGUGCCUCCAUCACGUCUCAUGGCAUUGCUUGGUCAGGCAUUAAAAUGGCAGCAACAUCAGGGUCUUCUGCCCCCUGGUAUGACCAUUGAUUUGUUCAGAGGUAAAGCUGCUGUGAAAGACGUAGAGGAAGAGAAGUUCCCUACACAACUUAGCAGGCAUAUUAAGUUUGGACAGAAAUCACAUGUUGAAUGUGCUCGAUUUUCACCUGAUGGUCAGUACCUAGUUACUGGAUCUGUUGAUGGAUUUAUUGAAGUCUGGAAUUUCACCACUGGAAAAAUUAGAAAGGAUCUUAAAUACCAGGCUCAAGACAACUUUAUGAUGAUGGAUGAUGCUGUGUUGUGUAUGUGCUUCAGUCGAGAUACUGAGAUGUUGGCAACAGGAGCUCAGGAUGGCAAGAUAAAGGUGUGGAAAAUUCAGAGUGGACAGUGUUUGAGGAGGUUUGAACGUGCUCAUAGUAAAGGUGUCACAUGUCUUAGUUUUUCCAAAGACAGUAGUCAGAUCCUUAGUGCUUCAUUUGACCAGACCAUCAGGAUUCAUGGCCUGAAAUCUGGAAAAACACUAAAGGAAUUCAGAGGACAUUCUUCAUUUGUGAAUGAAGCAACAUUUACUCAAGAUGGACAUUAUAUUAUCAGUGCAUCAUCUGAUGGCACAGUGAAGAUAUGGAACAUGAAGACUACCGAGUGCUCAAAUACCUUUAAAUCACUUGGAAGUACAGCUGGAACAGACAUCACUGUAAACAGUGUCAUUCUUCUGCCUAAAAAUCCAGAGCAUUUUGUUGUGUGUAACCGCUCGAACACAGUAGUGAUUAUGAACAUGCAAGGACAAAUUGUAAGAAGCUUUAGCUCUGGUAAGAGAGAAGGUGGAGACUUUGUAUGUUGCACCCUGUCGCCCAGAGGAGAAUGGAUCUACUGUGUUGGUGAGGAUUUUGUGCUCUACUGCUUCAGCACUGUGACAGGAAAACUGGAGAGAACCUUGACUGUCCACGAAAAAGAUGUCAUUGGAAUAGCUCAUCACCCACAUCAGAAUUUGAUCGGUACUUAUAGUGAAGAUGGACUCCUCAAACUGUGGAAGCCGUAGUGUGUGUCUGGACCUUAUUCGACCCUUUUUUGCUUUAUAGAAACAUUGUCAUUUCAGAUCAGAAAUUGGUUGCUAUCAGUACAGAAAAAUGCUUAUGCUGACGUGGUAUAAGUGAAGUGAACAUCUGUAAAUAUGUUUUACAUUUUUUUUUUUUUUGAAAACUCUGAC